AUGAUCCAUAGUCUCUUCUUAAUCAACCAGGCUAGGUUUGUCGUCGAUCGCGAUUGUAUUUGUUUUUUAUUUAGUGAUAUUUUUCUCGAGAAGCACUGGAAAAGUGUUGUCCCCAAAAAUGUUUGUGAUUAUUUUUUUGAAGCUGAGUCAAAAUUGUUAGAUGAGAUGCUUGAUAAUGGCUUUCCAUUGUCGACGGAAUCCAAUAUCUUGAAAGAACUCAUUCGUCCGCCUACUCUUCUAAGAUCAUUUACAACAGCUGUAACUGGAAAACAAACUAAUAUUAGUGAAACUCUGCCUUCGAGUCAACUUACGAACGUUCGAUGGCGGAGGUCUGGUGUUAAAUAUACAAAUAACGAGGCCUACUUUGAUGUGACAGAGGAUCUCCAUGCCAUCAUUGAUAAGUCCGGCAAUGUUGUUUGUGCAGAAAUUGCUGGAUAUAUCGAUUGCUUGACCAAACUCUCUGGCAUGCCAGAUUUAACAAUGACGUUCGUAAAUCCUAGACUCUUGGACGAUGCUAGCCUCCAUCCUUGUGUUAGAUAUCUUCGAUGGGAGCGGGAGCGUGUUAUUUCCUUUGUGCCUCCUGAUGGAAAAUUUCGCUUGCUUUCAUAUCACAUAAAUAAUAUAGGGUACGGACGGUUUGUAUUUUUUUUCUUAGAUACCUUGCUACUCUUCAAUGUUCUCUUCCUAAGUAUAUAA